AUGGUGAGCGAUGACUAUCUGGUGGAGUGUAAGAUCAAUGAUGACAGUGAUGAAAACAGUGGAGGAGGAGAACCAAUAGACAUUCCUCCUCCUCCUCCAGAGUUUGCAUCCAAAGCCCCAACUCCUGUGUCCAUUACGGACCCUUAUGGCAUCAACAAGCACCUAAAGGUAGAGGUCAGUAAUGUGCUGGCAGAACCAGCUAGACUUCGUAGCAUUGACCAAGUGUGGCUUUACAGUGUCGUUGGAUUUGAGAGGACUCGUAUAUGGACUUAUCGCUGCCUCACCUUGCUGUUUGCCGUGCCCUUUGCUCUUCUUUGUGGCAUUUUCUUGGCUAUUUUGGCUUGUCUACAUGUCUGGUUUGUGGUGCCUUGCAUACAGCUGAGCAACACCUUCCUUCCAUGCCUGCGGUCCUUGUGUAUGUGUGCUGUGAAUGUUUUCAUCUCUCCAUUUUGUAUGUCUCUCGCUCUCUGCUGCAGUCAAAUUGCUAUUUCAUUGUCUAACAAGGACUGGCAUCAAAUGAGAGGUGUGGCUGUAUGA